AUGGCGGGAGAGGAUUAUCAAGAAUGGGGACUUAGUAUUGAGGAAUGGGAGCUUCAAGAAUCUGUCGUUCCACACCAUUUGCUUGACGAUGAUUCUGAAGAAGAAGUCGAACUAGUAUUAGAAGGUUCUGAAGUAGAAGAUGAUAAUUGUGACCGAGUUGUCGAUGGCUCAUCGGUUAAACAAGCUGUUACGUGUGACAUUAGAGCCUCGGUUAGGAAGCUGAUUGAUCAAUCUAUCUCACAUAUCGUUGUUCACUUCAAGCAACUUAAGUUGUUAACACUUCUUCUUGAGAACUUUUUGUUCAGCCAGCCAUGUUCUUGA